GUUAUCUCCCUUAAACAAUUGGGCUGAACUAUGGACCGUUGAUAUGAUCAUUGAUGUAGAUGUUUACGAAGCUUAUCCAAUCGUUCUAACAGAGAUACAGUUACUUUUAAACACAUAUAGUGUUAUAUAUCCAGAAUAGGAGAAUACAUGAAGUGAAAAGAACUGUUUGCCAUUAUAAAUUUCUGUAAAAAUCUAAAAAGGAAUGGCUUCAAGAGGCACUCAAGAAAAUACAAAAUUACGUCAAAAUUUAGAAGAACAGCUUGACAGAUUAGUUCAGCAGUUAGCUGAUCUAGAGGAAUGCAGAGAAGAUUUAGAAGAGGAGGAGUAUGAAGAAACAAAGAAUGAAACAAUUGACCAGUUGAAAGAAUUUAAAGAUUCAUUGGAUAAGAUGACAAAAGGCAACGUCAGCCUGGUUGAUGAACUAAAUGGCAUGCAGUUAGCUAUACAAGCAGCAAUAAGUCAAGCUUUUAAAACUCCAGAAGUUAUCCGUCUGUUUGCCAAGAAACAACCUGGACAACUGCGCCAAAGAUUAUCAGAGGUUAAAAGAGAUGAAAAAAUUGGUAAAUUACAAAGUGCAAUGGCUACAGCACAGUGUGUGGAAAUAUUAACAGCUUUGAAGAAACUGGGAGAAAUUUUGAGUCCUGAGGAGGAAAUGUAUCUACAAAAUAAUUCUAGUGCUAGUCUUAAACAAUUUGAACAAGUAUCAAGUGAAUUGGCUGCUGGAGACAAAGUUUUGGAUGUAGCAGGUUCACAAGUUAAAGAUGCAGACAGAUAACACAUUUAUUUAUGGACAAAGACUGCAUAUAUACUUUGGUUGUUAGGAAGAGAAUUUAUAAAAAUGUGGAUUUAUUUAUUUUUCACUGUCAUCAAUUUUUUCGUUUAUCUAAGAAAUAUUGUAUUAUAGAGGAUACCUGAAUUCAUUAUAAUAAGUAUAUAAAAAAAUUGAACACUUAAAUUUUGUGGUCCACUGAUAACCAGAAAGUCUACUUUGAUUAAUACCCCACAGAUACUGUUAAUUCAGAAAUUUUGUAAUGUGUUUUUUAAUGUAAAAAUUCUUAUGGAAAUACUAGCAUUUUAAGUUAUGUUAGGAUUUUUUGUAUGCAGCAUUUAUUGAAAUAAUUAAUCCUGCAUUUUUGUUCACCCUAAAAAAAAUCAUCAAUAGAUGUAUGCAAUAAGUUGUGAAUUUUCAGUAACAAUGAAUCCACAAUACACUGUUAAAUAAUUUUGAUCGAAAUUAUGUUAAAGUUUUACCUUUUUUGUUUAAACAAUGAACUUGGUUGGUUGGAAAAAUGUUUAGUCUUUUAAAUUGCACAAAAUUAGUAAUGGAAAAAACCCAAGUGAAGUUGAGGAUAGUGAUCCAGGAUUUUUUUAUUUUAUGACAUAACACUGCUGAUUUGUAAACCAGAUACCUUGCAUUGGUUGUUACUGUUUUAUAUCUCUCAAUAUAUGUUAGCUGACCGGUACAUUUCAACAGCAUAAUAGCAGCUUUCCUUUUGUGUAAUCAUGUCAUUCCUUCUUAUACUAUAUUCAUAAUUUGAAUUAAUUGUCAAAAUAUAAUCUAACAGUCCAAUCAUUUACUGUUGAUUUGUAAGCUAAAUUAUCUCAUAAGCUGUAGGAUAUUUUGUCAUUCAUGAUGCAAUAAUCUGUAUUACCAUAUAAGUAAACGUAUAUAAAACAACCUAUUGUGAUACCACAAACUAUUAUAAUAUGCAAAAUAAAAGAUAAUUGCAUUAAAAAAAGCACAAAUAUCACAUUUCAUUUUAUGCCCCACCUGAGAUAAUAGGAGCAUUAUAUGUUAAAAUAUGUGUGUCUAUCUGUUUUUCCAUUCCGUAUCUGAUUUAAGUUUUGGUGUAAAGUAGUUUAUCAUGAAGUUGAGGUUUAAUCAACUUAAAGUUAGUGCACAUGAUCAUUAUGAUAAAAAAUGUAUUGACAAAAAUACCAAACUCCAAGAUAAAUUCAUAAAGGGGAAGUAAACAUGACAACUUCAAGCACUCUAUUCUAUCAACCAAUGAAACGACUGGGAAAAAAACUGUUAUAUUCCUGUUUUUUUUGUUUUUCCAUGCUAUCAAUCAAAAUAUUUUUUUUUUAAAUUUAACACUAUAGGGUAUGGGGAAAAUUUGGAUUCAGAAUAUUUUUUUUUGUCAUCUGCUUAACCACAACAUUUUUUUUCAUCAAAUUGAGGAUCAGAAUAUUUUUUUAGGAAAAAAUCAAUAAUCCCCCCCCCCCCCCCCCCCCCCCUUGAAGUUAAAUGGUCAUUCCCUAAGGGUUUUGACGAAGUUUUCAGAAUUCACUGAUCAGGUGUAUAUAGGGUUUUGGUUAAAUGUAGUUUACAAUGAAGUUGUGGCCAUAUCAUCUUGAAACUUAGUAUACAUGUAAAUUAUGAAGUGCACUUUUUAUGUCUAACUUUGACCCAGAUUUUGCUGUUAAUUGACCAGGUUUAAGUUUGGUUUAAGGUAUUUUACCAUGAAGUUGUGGCCACAUCAACUUGUUACUCAGUACACAUGUUUGUUAUGUGUAAAAUAUAUGACAAAUUGAAUCUAGAUUUUGCAGUCAACUGUACAUGGAAAUGUGAAGGUUUAUCCUGUAGUCCUUGUCAACAAUUUCCCUUCAUUUGUUAAAAAAUGACCAAAUAGUUGAGGAAACAAAUGUCUUUGAUAAAUUGUAAAGAGUUGCAGGAUAAAAAUAAUAUGUUAAAAUGUCAGAUGAUAUAAAACAUAUUUGUGUAUGUUUACGAAUAGAAGAGAAAACCUGAACAAACUUUUUCUUUUUUUCUUGAGGAAAAAUUAUUGUUUUAUUUCAUUGUUCUAUCAAAUUCUUUUUUGAAAUCCUACUGGACAUAUGCAUUUUGUUAAACAGUUUAUUUUGUAUAAAAUUAAGGAGAUAUGGUAUGAUUUGUAGUUUCACACAAAGGAUAAUGAAUUCGAAUAAUCAGUAAAUAAAACAUUUAAAUUAUUCAAGCUUUUAUGAACUUCAGACUAUAUAAAUAAACUCAUCAUGUAUAUCAUGAUUAAAACUCUGUAUGCCAGACUUGCUUUUCAUCUACUACAAAAGACUCAUCAGUGACUCUUGAAUAUAAAAAAAGUUAAAAAUGGCUAAAUAUAGUACGAAGUUGAAGAGCAUUGAGGAACCAAAAUUCCCAAAUGUUUUGCCAAUUACAGCUAAGGUGCGGUAAUCUAUUCCUGGGGUAGAAAAAUCCUUAGUAUUUUCAAAAAAUUCAAAUUGGGUAAACAGUUAAUUUAUAAUUAUGACCAUAUCAAUGAUAAUUCAUGUCAACACUGAAGUGCUGACUACUGGACUGGUAAUACCCUCGGGGAUGAAACCUCCUCCAGCAGUGACAUCACCCAAUGGUUGUAAAUAAACUCAUAUAAAGCUUGACAUACUGUAUACACGUCUGUCUACUGUUGACAAUCUGAUUGGACAAGAAGAAAAGAAAGGAUUGUUGAACUUUUUCCUCUUCUGUUCUGAUUGGUUAAAAAGAUUUCAUAUAAACAAAUAACUAGUUAAAUGUGUUUUCUAAAACUUCAUCAAUCAUAUGUAUUCUUAUGGGCAUUAAGAUGGUUAUGGCAGUGUGCUGUUUAACAUAUGUUCCUAAAUACUUACUUGAAUUCCAGGACUAUUUAUUUAUCAUUUUAAUCAUUGUUACAAUAUUACACAAUUUUAAUAAAUUAUGUAGAUUA